ACCUAAGUAAGUGCACCCCUGAUGCCAAGAGGGCUAAGAAUCUUACCUUUACUUUAGAGAUGAGCAGCGGUACCACGCUCUUCUGUGCUCGUAGUUCGACUCCCCUAUGCAUCCCGACUAAUUAUGGUCUCACAAAUGUGCACUUCCCUUCCAACCACAUGCCGUUGGGCCAAAGGCCUCUUGGCACUGAACUUUUUCCAAGAGAGGGGAAAAAAAGAGGGCUUUUUUAGACAUUCCAAACACAAUCAAAAUCUUCCCCAUAGGAAGAGUUUAGAUAACGCCUGCCGUGAUCCUUGAGUUUUUGGUGUUUUUGUUGGAGGAUACCUACUAUUGAAAUUCAUACCAUGGAAUUGCGUUUGAGUGGGAUGAUGAAAAUUGAUUGAAGGAGGAGAUACCAUAGCGGCAAAGAGGUAUUACUUGGCGACAUGGGAGCAGGAAAAACCAGUUUGGUUUUGAGAUUUGUCAAAGGCCAGUUUUAUGAAUUCCAGGAGUCAACCAUCGGAGCGGCCUUCUUCACUCAGGUUUUGUCACUAAACGAGGGUACGAUUAAGUUUGACAUAUGGGACACAGCAGGACAAGAACGUUACCAUAGUUUAGCUCCAAUGUACUACCGUGGUGCAGCUGCUGCUGUUGUGGUCUAUGACAUCACCAGCAUGGAUUCUUUUGUACGAGGCAAAAAGUGGGUGCGAGAACUACAAAGGCAAGGUAAUCCAAACUUGGUAACAGUUUUAGUGGCUAAUAAGGCUGACUUGGAAGCAAAAAGACAGGUUGAGAAUGAGGUAGGAGAGCAAUAUGCUAAAGAUAAUAGAUUGAUGUUCCUAGAAACUUCUGCAAAAACUGCACAAAAUGUCAAUGAGCUUUUCUAUGAAAUCGGAAAGAGAUUGGCAAAAGCUUCCCCUACCAAGCCGGGCGGGAUGAAAUUACAGAGAAGAAGAUCACAAGAAGGGCAAAGAGGAUUUUGUUGUUCCAGCUGAUCCCGGCAUUUGUGAAGAGAAACAGUGCUCCAGAAUUGUUUGCAAGGAUAUUGAUUCGGGAAGAUGGAAAUUUCGUUUUGGCUGAUCGAAGUUAAGCACACGCGAUGCUUUGUAGAAGCCAUGUGUUCUGAAUAUUGGUUUGUAUGUAAAUAAACUGAUGUAUUUGUGACACAAUCGAAUUCGUUUUACGUGCCCAAGUUAUACAAGAUGGUAACAUUGAACUGAAAAAGAAUAAAGAUGCUAGAAUGUAUUUGUGACC